GCUCAGAGCUGGCAUGGGUCACUGUCAGGUGUGUGCUUUUCACUACCCCUCCACAUUCACCAACUUUAUCACUCUCUCACUACCACUCCUUUAGAGAGAGAAACAAACCAAACUACCCCUUAUCUCUCUAUCAGUUGAUGACCCUCCCAAAGUAGUAUUAUGAAGGGGCUGUAGAGGACAAUAAUGGAUAUGGGCUCGAGCUCUAUGACCGAGUCAGGGAGCUCUUCCUCCUCUUCGCCGCCCAACUCCUCCGCUGAGUCACUCAACGGCUUGAAAUUCGGCCGGAAAAUCUACUUUGAGGAUGGGGGUUGUGGAGCUCUGCACAAAUCAUCAUCAGGGUCUGCUGCUGGGUCUUCCUCCGCCGGGGCUACGCCGCCCAAGAAGCAAAGGGGCAGCGGAAAUUUGGGUCAGCCGCCGCGGUGUCAGGUGGAGGGCUGCGAGGUAGAUCUGAGUGGUGCCAAAGCUUACUAUUCCAGGCACAAAGUCUGUGGCUUGCACUCUAAAACCCCCACUGUUAUUGUUGCUGGUCUUGAACAGAGGUUUUGCCAACAGUGUAGCAGGUUUCAUUUACUUCCUGAAUUUGACCAAGGAAAACGUAGUUGUCGUAGACGCUUGGCUGGACAUAAUGAGCGUCGUAGAAAGCCACAACCAGGAUCCGUACUGUCUGCGCGUGGCAGACUUUCGUCGUCUCUCUACGAAAACAGCAACAGAGUUGGAAGCUUUCUGAUGGAUUUCACUGCAUACCCAAGGCUUUCUGGGAGGGAUGAAUGGACGACAACGAGAACUUCUGAGCGAGCACCUGUUAAUCAAAAUGCCAAUGACGCAGGGAAGUUUCUACAACAGCCGUGGCAGAGCAACUCUGAGAUUUCUACAUCCGGCUUUUACCUACAAGGUUCAGCAGGCGGGACUAGUUAUCCUGGUCCUGGAAUUCCUCCAGGAGAAUGCGUCACAGUAGUCACUGACUCAAGCUGUGCUCUCUCUCUUCUGUCAAAUCAGCCAUGGGGCUCUCGAAACCGAGUAUCGGGUGCUGGGAUGAAUUCCUUGAUGAACACUCAAGGGGUACCUGUGGCUCAAACAGUCCCUCAUUCUGCAAACUCCAAUCACUUUCCGACCACUUCGUGGGGUUUCAAAGGAAAUGAAAAUGGUAGCAGCUCACACGGGAUGCUUCCGGAUCUGGGUCUCGGUCAGAUCUCGCAGCCGCUUAGCAGUCAGUACUCUGGUGUGCUGGAGCUGUCUCAACAGGGUAGGAGGCAGCAACACAUGGAACUCGGACACACCAGGGGCUAUGACUCCACCAGUCAGCAGAUGCACUGGUCGCUUUAAAACCAUGGAAUCUGCUUUGCAGGUUUUAUGCCUUUUAUGGAAGAACCCUAAACUGAGCUUAUUUUGUUUAAAAGCUUAACUAAGAAGGUUUUAUGCCUUUUAUGGUUGAACCCUGAACUGACUAUGUAUAGUUCGCCUUCAAGGCUUGAUCUUCCUACCUAGCAAUAAAACUACUAUUUGGAUGUUGAA